AUGGCUUCCCGUAUCGCUCUCCGCACCCUCCGGAGCGCCGCUCGCCCCGUCGCCGUCGCCCCCCGCGCCGUCGCCGCCCAGUCGGUGCGCUUCCAGUCGUCGAAGCCCACUCCCGAUGAGAAGGCUGCCGAGAUCAUCAACGCCGUCCCCUCGUCGUCGCUCUUCUCGAAGACCUCGGGCAUCAUCCUCGGCACUGGUCUUACCGCCGCCGCCGUCUCGUCUGAGCUCUACGUCGCCAACGAGGAGACUGUCCUCGCCGCCGGCUUCCUGAUCAUCCUCUACGCCGUCGGCUCGUCGAUCGGCGCCCCCUACUCGGCUUGGGCCAACGAGAAGAUCGCCAAGGUCCGCUCGAUCCUUAACGGUGCCCGCGAGGAGCACACCGUCGCCAUCAAGGAGCGCAUCUCGUCGGUUGCCGAGCUCAAGGACGUUGUCCCCCUCACCGAGCAGCUCUACGCCGUCUCGAAGGAGACCAACGCUCUCGAGCACGAGAACUUCCUCCUCUCGCAGGAGGCCGCCGUCAAGCAGGAGCUUAAGGCUGUCCUCGACUCGUGGGUCCGCUACGAGCAGCAGCAGCGCGAGCAGGAGCAGACCGCUCUUGUCAAGACUGUUACCGAGAACAUUGCCGCCGAGCUCGCCAAGCCUGCCUUCAAGAAGCAGCUUCUCGAGGAGGCCCUCGGCCAGGUCGAGCAGCUCGCCAAGUCCAAGGCCAUCUAA